AUGGGAGCGCGCGAAAAACGCGUAUAUAAGGGGGGCCGCUCGGCCGAUACGCACAGUCGUAUGAGAGACCUCUCCUCUCGUUUUGGUGUCGCCAAUGCUGCCUUCAGCUGCACGUCUUCUGAUGAACGACCUCCGAUAGACGACUUCUUGUGGACGAGCUCUGCAGCAUGGAAUGCCAGCCACACUCCAGCCGCCACAAGGUUUCUGGGCCAUGCACGAAUUCGCUUGCAACACGACAACUCAUCAAGAAAAUUUCACUUUGAAGGGGACAUCGCCGUGAGUUUUCGAGACUUUGGAAUUUCACAUUAGAAUUGAUAUUUCAGUGCCUUCUGUCUGCGGCGAUGUCUGGGCGUUCGCUGGAAUCGAGAAGUGGUGGUGCGGGUAAGAAUAUUUUCCUGCAUCUUCCAAUAAUCGGUUCAUUUUACAGGCAAACUGGGUGGGUAGCGAACGGCCCGCACCGAACGCCACUUCUCAGAGGCUGGAAAGCAGAAACUGUCUUCAACAAGUGUAAUGACUGGACCAAAAGCCCUAUCCUCCCGGAGCCGACCAAAAGGCCAAUACGAUCAGAAGCCCGCUUGAUCCUGCCAAAUCCAAAAGAAGAAAAUACACAGAGAAGGGGACAUCACUGCAGGUACUCAGACUCCGCAUAGUUCAAACCGAAGAGUGAUCUUUCAGAGCCUUCUGUCUGCGGCGAUGUCUGGGAGUUCGCUAAAAUUGAGAAGUGGUGGUGCGGGUAAGAAUAUUCUCAUUCUUCCUUUAUUAAUCAGUUCCUUUUACAGGCAAUCUGGGUGGGUAGCGAACGGCCCGCACCGAACGCCACUUCUCAGAGGCAGCAGAGCAGAAACUGUCUUCAAAAAGUGUGUUGACUGGACCAAAAGCCCGAUCCUGCCGAAGGCGACCAAAGGCCCGUUAUUAUCAAAGGCUUGAACUGGCCGAUACUAGAAGAAGAAACAACGCGAAGUAGGGAACAUCGCAGCAGGUACACAGAAAUUGCAGAAUUCAAAACGAAAAGGGAUCUUUCAGAGCCUUCUGUCUGCAGCGAUGUCUGGGCGUUCGCUGAAAUUGAGAAGUGGCGGUGCGGGUAAGAAUAUUUUUCUGCGCAUUCCAAUGAUCCGUUCAUUUUACAGGCAAUCUGGGUGGGUAGCGAACGGCCCGCACCAAAUGCCACUUCUCCAGAAGACCGAGCCUCUUCAUCAUCAGUCAGCUCAUCGAUCCAACAGACGCGGUCGGGAGGUCAACACCGUCCCAAUGAAAUGGAAAUAUCAACAACCUGAAAAAAAUAACUGCAACUCGUCAUUUCCAAUUUUUUUCUAUAUAUAAUACUUCUUUCAAACUAAUGUCAACUUUUAAAGAAAUAAACUUUAUUUGAUUCACUCGUGUUAUGCUAUAGAAUUGGGAGUUUUCAUCUGUCAAGCGGUCGCCCUGGUUUUUUUAUUCCGAAAAAGUCUCUUCAACCCAGUGACGCGAGCUGAACCUUUCCCUCAAUCCGAUUUCACAGUUGGUGUAGUAAAAGAGGUUUUGCGGGCUAUCCAAAUCUUGGAUCCCCUUGCAUAG